CCAGAAUUGAUCAUGCCACCGUCGACCGAUUCGCCAGUGCCGACACUUCCGCACUUGCGUUCUGCACCGGUAAAGCGACCCAGCAAACGAUCGUUGGAGACGUCGUCUGCCGCCGUAGAAGCAUCGGCGGGGUCGCAACACGCCACUGGUCACACCGCCGCCAUGACUCGUUACUUCAAUGCUGUGCGUGCGUUAUACACGCACGGCAAGCCACGUGGCAGCGGCGGCGCAUGGACAGCGUUGGAACCUCCAUUUGGAUGCGCGAGUGUGGUCGAGUCGGCCGACGUGCUGCGGUAUCUCUUGUCCCCGCUCCGUCCGUCCCAUGUCCUCGACACGUGGACACCGUAUGAGAUUUCGUGCUUUGAGGUGGGCAUCACGCAGCUAGGCAAGCAGUUCCAUGCGAUCCAACGAUACCUGAUCCCGACCAAAUCGACGCGCGACGUGGUCUUGUUCUAUUACAUGUGGAAAAAGCACGGCCUGGACAAAGCCGAAUGGGCCGACAAGGACGCCGCGCACGACCACUUUGGCCUCAAACGCAUGAAGCACGAGCGCAACCUCCACGGCAUCCUCCCCACCGCGUUCGACCUCAUGAGCGACGAAGACGACAGCACAACUCUGGCCGUCAAGCAAUCGUCGCUGCUCACCCAGCAGCCCCGCCCGAAACGAGCGGCCGCAGGCGCCGGGCUGUCCACCAACCCAUCUGCGACCCAUCCCAACCUUGUGAAACUGGCAGCUUUGCGAACGGACGGCACCAAACUGUUUUCGACCUUGCGCGCCCUCUACGACUCGUCCACAGAUGACCACCAUACAUUGCCGACGGGAGAGCUGCGACUGCCUCGAGGUAUCGUCGCCACCGCCCCGCUGCGGUCGGCUGCGCGACCCCCGCACCUCUUAGAUUCGUGGACAGCGUGGGAGUUGAGUGUGUUUGAAAACGGCUUGGACGUGUAUGGCAAACACUUUGACUAUGUUGCUGCACUGUUGCCUCGCAAGGCGACGUCGGACGUGAUCGCGCUCUACUACCUCUGGAAGAAGUUUAGUCCGACAGUGUACCGCCGCAUGAAAGCAGCAUGGCCAGCGUCCCCAUUUGGGAAAGUCAUCGACCCCCCCCUCUCCUCGUCUAGCCCCCCCCCUCUUCUCUCGGACGAUGACGCCACCGCCCCUUUGUCGACUUUUCAGAACGCCACACCACACACUUAGAAAAUAACUCGUCUAUUGCAUCGAAUUAAUCCCCAUAUUGCAUUGAAUUAAUCCGCAUCGUUCGUCUUGCUGUCUUCUUCAUCAUCGUCGUCGCCUUCGGCCAGGCGCAGCAGGUUCUGCCGCUUCAACUGCACCAAAUGGUGCACGGCAAAGUACGAAAACUCGUCAAUGUCG